UUCAGUGGUUCGAUCACAGUCAAUUCCAGGCAAUUCAACAUGAAAGCAGUCAUUAUCUUGGUACUCGUCGGUUCUGUUCUGGCCGUUCCCCCCUUCAGGGUGAUGUCCCAGAGCCAGAGCGUGUCGCAGGAUGCUCAUGCACAUAUCUUUGCUGAGGUGCGACCAGCAGGUCAGAAGCACCAGCAGCAAUCCGUCGACAUGGAGCUCAAUGAACAAGCUCUUGUGGUGAAGACGAAGCCAGCUCAUCAAGCCGCUGCCGAGAAUCACGCUUAUGAAGUUGAGUUGAAGCCAGCUCAUCAGAGUACUAACGAGAACCACGUUGUUGAGGUGGGAAUCAAGCAAGCGGAACAGAAGCCCCAGCACAUUGAGUUGGACAUCAAGCCCGUGCAGCAUAGCCCAAGCCAUGUGGUGGAGCUGGAAAUUAAGCAGGCUGAUCAUCAUCAGAAGCCCCAGCACAUCGACGUGGAGUUGGUUGCCGAUCAUCAGGGCGUGCAAACCCAUCACGAAGUCGAAUUGGAGGUUAUUCGUCAGCAGCAGCCACCCCAUCAGAUUGAAGUGGAGAUCGUCAAGGCCGGCGACUCCAAUGUGGUGAAGCAGACCCUGCCCGUGCAAUCUCUUCAGCACCUGAACCUCAACCUGGCCCAAUAGAGAAGCAGCCACAAAGGUCGAUGUAUUCCAAAGUGCAUUAAAUAUUUAUAA